UGGUCUGGCAGCUCUGUGCAACAAGUUGAAAAAUAGAAGAAGCAAAUAGAAACAGCGUCCGCAAAUAGUGCGCAAAAUAGUGUUUUUUUGUUAACGUGCAACAGUGACAUUGUUAAGCAAUUGAAUGCAAGUGAUAGUGCGACCAAAAAAACAAUGCAAAACACUUGGCCACGCAACAAUAACAAUUGAGCAAGGCACACACACACAUGCACAUGUGCAGGCACCCACUCGUGUAAGAGACAGAGAUAGCGCGAAUGUGUGAGUGAGCGAGAGGCAAGAACUGUAACUGUAAUAUAAUUGAUAAAACAAAAAACGUCAGGAGCAGGAAUCCAGUGAAUGAUAGAGAGAGAGACGCAGAGGAAGAGCAAGAGAGCAAGUAAGAGGACAGCGAAAAAGAGCUGAAAAAGGAGGAGGAAUUGUUGUUGCUAAAAAUAGCAACAAAUAGACAGGGCAAGAAGAAGAAGAAGACGGCAAAUAAGAGCAAGAAGAAGAAGCGUUGACGCAGGCAAAAGUCGCAGCCUUUUUGGGCACUUGGACUCUCAGUGUGUCCCGUUAGCCAGCUAACGCUCCCCCGGCGAGCAACAACAACAACAAACAUCGAUAACAACAAUUACAAUAAGAAUAUCAAGGAAUACGACACACAACAUCAUCAACAACAACAACAACAACAAAUACGACGACGGACCAAAACUAUGCUUUUGAAAUUCACAAAAACCAGUGGCGCUGGACCCUCGGCCGUACCGCUACUGACCCCCGCCCCCGCGCCGGGCUCCAGCUCGGCGUCUAUGCAGGCAACCACAACAACUUACGCGGCCCGCGGAACAGGCAUGAGAAUGACCAUGUCCACCAAUUCCACAAUGAGUGCGCGAAUACAUCGCAAAGGAUUUCGCAUACCAUCGAAAAGACAACCGGGUAAGGGAUUGCCCGGCAAGCUGCACACCAUAACCAGGGCGGGUCCUGGCAAAAUGGUUCCUGGCAAGCGAAUACCACAGCGACCCCAUCCGCCGCCCUGCGACAACUCGAACGACAGUGGGCUGGGCUUCGAUCAGCACACGGAGCUAAGGAGCUCGGCAGGCGCUGGGGGCGUGGCCGAUCCUGCGGCGAAUGGAGGCAGUGGCCAGCGAUCCAGUUUGCUGGUGAACAGCGCUUUAACCAACACAGUGGCUGCAGCAGCGGCCGCAGCAGCUGCCGCGGUGGCCAGCAACACGUUGCAGCAGCAUCAGCAGCACCACCAACAGCAGCAGCAGCAGCAACAGCAACAGCAGCAACAACAGCAGCAGCAGCAACAACAGCAGCAGCAGCAGCAGCAACAUUCACCGCAGCAGCAUUUAAUCAGAGCGAUACCUGUAUCAAGAUCGCGGCACGACACCAAAAUGAUGGCUCACUAUCUGGAGGAUCUGGACCUGAUAUCGGCGUCCUCCUCGGAGGAUUCGGCCACCUCGACGCCGACCGGUUUGGAUGAGGACACGGGCUUUGUGAACGACACCAAUUCGACGACAGCCGGCGGCAAUAGUAACUCGGAUCCAUUUGGAGACGUCUUCCAGGCAACCGAGGCAGCCGUCGCAGCAGCCGUGAAUGCCUUCAACCUGCAACAGCAACAUCAGCAGCAGCAGCACCAGCAGCAACAUUCGGUGCAACAGCAACAGUUUCAGUACAACGGACUGCUGUUGCCACAGCACCAGCAGCAGCAGCAGCAGCAGCAACAGUCGCAGCAGCAGCAGCAGCAGUCGCAUCACCAGCAACAACAUCACCAUCACCGCCAUGGCAAGCACAUCAAACGCAAGAAGCUCGAGUGCAACCAGGUGGAACUGGACAACGAUGAUGCCUGCAGCGAGGAUGAGUUCAUCCGCAAGAUUGCCAGUACGGUGACGGUGGCAUCAACGGUCGAUGACACGCCCUCGCCCCCGGCCCCGCCUCCGCCCAUUGCUGCCGCACCUGCCACGCCCACUGUUAGCCUCCUGCCGCGCAUCAGCAACAACAGCAUUGAGACAAAAUUCAUAUCGGCCAGGACUGUCACACGGGUGGCCAACAAACGGCAACCCACAACGCCGCUGAACAGCGUCGCCAGCUCCAACGAUGGCCAGGUGCAGCUGGAGAUCGUCUCCCAGCCGGAGCAACAGCACCGGGCACGCUACCAAACGGAGGGCAGCCGCGGAGCCGUCAAGGAUCGCAGCGGCAAUGGUUUCCCCAUCGUCCGGCUGACCGGAUACGACAAGGUUGCCGUCCUCCAGGUCUUCAUUGGCACGGACAUUGGACGCGUGGCACCGCACAUGUUCUACCAGGCCUGCAAGGUCGCCGGCAAGAACUCGACGCAGUGCAACGAGAAGAAGGUCGACGGCACCAUGGUCAUUGAGAUCGAUUUCAAACCCGAAACGGACAUGACCAUCACCUGCGAUUGCGUUGGAAUCUUGAAGGAACGCAAUGUGGAUGUGGAGCACCGCUUUCCCGAGCACCUGGCGCAAAAGAACAAAAAGAAAUCGACUCGCUGCCGGAUGGUGUUCCGCACCCAGCUGAACCGUGACGAUGGCACCACCGAGACCCUACAAGUCUGCUCGAAUCCAAUCAUCUGCACUCAACCACCUGGCGUGCCGGAAAUAUGCAAGAAAUCAUUAAACUCCUGUCCCGUUGAUGGCGGCCUCGAGCUAUUCAUUAUCGGCAAGAACUUCCUCAAGGACACACAUGUGGUGUUCCAGGAGACCUACGACAGUGUCAACGGCGACGAUCCGGCCACGGAAAUUGCAGUGCGCCAGCAGCUCAUCGGCGGAACCGCAGCACUUUGGGAACAAAGCGUUCUGCCGGACAAGGAGUACCUUCACCAGACUCAUCUGAUAUGCACGGUGCCACCGUAUCUGCACCAGAACAUCCUGAAGCCGGUCCAGGUGCAGGUGUCGAUCGUCUCCAGCGGCAAGAAGAGCGAACCGCACACGUUCACCUACACGCCCAAGGGACAGUACACGACGCUGGCGGCAGCCAGCACGUUAAGUAACACAAUCCACGCCCAAGAUGUGAGCGGUUUCAUGGACACCACAGUAGCGUCCAAUGCGAGUGGCUCCAGUGGCUGGAGUGGGGCAGGCGGCUCUGGAAGCAACCAAUCUGCAGGCGAUAAUGUGGAGGCCAAGCACGAGAUCGAUUCGGGCAUGAUGCCACCGCCCAUUACCACCCAAAUACCGAUGGGCGUUCGACGCUCUUCGCUGCCCAGUGUCACCCCGAUGAUUACGGACCAGCAGCUGGUCCAUCUCAACGCAGUGGCGGCCAGUGCGGAGGCCCUGAAGACGGAACUGGAGGACAGCAACUCGCACAGUCCCCUAACCGGUGAAUCCACACCGGACAGCCCGAAUGCAGCCAUGCAGUAUCAUCGCUUUGCACGAAAGCCCAGCCUGGACACCAUCAUGUACGAUCAGUCCAACAGUCUGCCCGGUUUCCCAGCCGUUGUUGCACCUGCUACAGCUGCUGCCGUGGCCGCUGCAGUGGAUAUUGAUCCGGCGGCGGUGGCCGUGGCGGUGGAACUGGCCGUCAAGAACGAGAUUGUGAAGCAUGUUGUGCAGCAGCACCAGCAGAUGCAGGAGCAAAUGCAAGAGCAGCAGCAGCAGCAGCAACAACAGCAGCAACAACAACAGCAGCCCCAACAACAACAGCAGCAGCAACAGCAGCAGCAGCAACAACAACAGCAGCAGCAACAACAGCAGCAGCAGCAACAACAACAACAGCAGCAGCAGCAACAGGUGCACAAGUUCAUCGAUGAGCUGACCAAAUCCACAUCGGUGGUAUCCAGCAAUGGCACCACUGAACCGGCUCUGUUCACCACCUCGGCGGUGAUUGAUCACGCUUUGACCGACAUUCUGCAGGCCAAAGUGGGCAUUGCGCCGCCCAAUGUGGUGCUGGAACGGAGUUUGUCCCUAAGCUCCACGAACUCCAGCAGUUCCAUGAGUGGCAGUGAGACCUCCCCGAAUAGUUCACCCCUGACCCAGGACAUCAUACUCAAUUCGGAACCGGCGGCGGCACUGGCCGGUGCUGCUGCCUUGGGUGGCCCGGCGCCCGUUGAUGUCACCGGUGGUCUGUCUACCGAUAUCAUCAUGAAUCCCGCCGUUUCGCCAUCGACGAUUUUGUGCUCCGCAAACGGAGCGGCCACGGCCGUGGUGCCCAAUAUAAUGGCACCCCACCAAGUGACCAUGGCCAACUCGAUUUUGAAUGACAUUGCCAUGCAGCCGGAACCUACGCAGCAGGAUGCAGCGGUAGCAGCCUUGGCAUUGAGUAACAUCAUGAUGAGUCCACCCACCGCGGCAUCGGGUGUGGGAGUUGUGGACACACUGCCACCGACACCAGCGGCUAUGCAGCCAGAGGUCGCAGCCACUGCCACAUCGACUGCGGUCAGCAACAUGAUUAUCAAGGCGGCGGCGGACUUUAUAACCACCCAGGAGCAGGAGCAGCACCACUACCACCACCAUGGUCGCGUCCACUCCCAUUCGCCACAGGCAGCCGUCGGAGUGAGCGGUAAUCCUGCCGAGACGGCAUCGGAUCCGUUAGUUAAUCUGCUGUUGAACCACUCAACCACACCAGAAACAGCGGCUGCUGCUGCUGCCGCGGUAGCUGUAGAAGCAGCCAACUUCCAGUCGAUGAAUCACAGUCACCACAGCCAUCAUGGUCAUCAUGGCCAUAGUCAUAGUCACGGUCACAGUCACAGUCAUAGCCACAAUCGGGUCACGGGACACGUUUCCGGACAUGUGACCAGUCACCAUCAUGGUCACCACUUGCCGGUGGUGCCGCCGACACCACAAGAAUCUCUGAUCGUUGCCCUGGCCAGCGAGAAUGCGCUGCAAAAGUCGGUGGCCACCGCCGCAGUGACCACCAAUGGAGCAGUGAUGACGCAGCAGGCAUCUGCCCCAAACACAGCGGGCAGCAUACUCCCGGCAGCGGUUGGAGCGGUAGCUGCGGCGGCCGCCGUCGCAUUGCAGCCGCCCAUUCCCCGGGAGCUGACCACGAUGUCGGAUCAGGAUCUAAUCAGCUACAUCAACCCGAGCACCUUUGAUCAGCUUUAAACGGCUUGCGAUCAACAAAUUAAACUAUGUGGACUUGCUUUUUUUUUAAUCAACGAUAAAUGUCACUCCUACACAGGCUUAGUCUUAAGUAUAUAUGUAGUAUAUAGAGAAACACACAACAAACAAAAAAAAAAAAACACAAACGAUAAGACGGAUUAAAGGUUUCAUGUGGACCAAUAUUGUGACCAAGCGGAUGGAUAAAAAACGGGAUCAGAGAAUAAAAACCACAAACACAAACACAUUAGUAGCUUUAGAUUUGCCUACGUUUAGGAAUAAACCCUAUUUUAUAAAAAUACCUACAUUUAAUGAUUUGUUUUUUUUUUUUUUUUUGCUAUUUUAAUAUUGAUUUAAAAAGAAAUGAUCAACUUAUCUCAAAAGGUUAAAUUAAAACAAUGAUAACGACUGCCAUAUACCUACGAAAUAUAAAGUGAAAUCCCGAAAGUGAAGAAUGAAAGUAGAAAAUGAAGAAUUCAAAUAUCAACCUUGAAAAUCAAUAAUUAUGGAAAGAACUAACUUUCAUGAAACAAUUGAUUAACACUCUUUGCUGGAAGACCUAUUUUCAUAAUUAAGUCUGAUUUGUAAACUUCCUUUUUAUUUGUUUGAGAAUUUUAGGUAUACUUUACAUUUUAAGCCUAACUAAACGUUUUGGUAGUAAAAUUAAGCUUAUUUAACGUUUGGGUCAAAAGAAAACCACGAAAAGAAAUUAUUAUUAUACAGUUAAUAAUUUAUACAAAAGUAGCUACGAAUAUAAUGAAUAUGCGAGAAAUUCCAAAAGACUUUUGAUUUAAAGAAAAUGCAAUUAUUAUUUUGUUUAUGAUUUAAUCAUUUUUAUUUUCAAUUAUAUUGAAGGAACGCACACAAAUAAAGAUGUAACUAAUGUUAUUACUAUUAUAUUAUUAUUAUAAAAUCGCUAUUAUUAUGCAUACCCUUAAUGUUGAUAGUUGUUAUGUGUAGCGUUGUAACCUAUUUACCAUACCAGAAUAAGAACCACAAAACUGAAAAUAUAAAAGAACAAACCCACAACCAAACUACAUUGAAAAGUAACGAAUAAGUUUAAUAUACAGAUUAUCAAUUGAAUGACCUUCAACACUUGUUAUAUCCCAAAUAAAGAUCAAGACCGAUA